AUGGCUGAAGCAUUAAAGAAUGUUAUUGGUCAGAGUCUGGAGUGUCCUGUAUGUCUGAAUACUUUCACCGAUCCCAAGAUCCUGUCUUGUUCUCACACCUACUGCAAGGCCUGCCUAGACAACCUCUUGGAAUGCCAUGAUAACGUACAGAUGCUCCGAUGCCCUGUCUGCAGAGCUGAAACCCAGGUCCCUAACCGAGAUGUCAGCAAAUUACCGGCAAGUCUAGCUUUGAAGUCUCUCAUAGAGGACAUGAAGAAUCAACAACAGUUUUGCACGAAUUGUAAAUCCGAGAACAAACCCCAAGCUGUUGUCUACUGCCAAGACUGUGGCAUGUAUCUCUGUAUCACUUGCCACAACGCACACUCUCUGUGGCAAAACUUCAUAGGGCAUGAGGUCUUAGCCAUGAGUGAGAUCGAAUCAGGGAAGGUGUCAGUACGUUGGUACCGUAAAUGCAGGAAACACCCCAAAGAGGAUGAGGAGUGCUUCUGUUCCGACUGCAGGAGAUUUGCCUGCUUCAGGUGUGUUGUCAUGGAGCAUACAAACGAAGGACAUCGGGUCAUCGAGGCAGCUGUUUAUGAAAGCAGCCACAUGAAGAGUAUCGAGGACCUCAAAUCCAAGGCGGACAAUAAACGCUCUUGCUUUCAGAAAUACGUUGACUUCAUUGAUGAACAGAGAGACCAUGUGAUCAAUGUUCAGAAGCAGUGUACAGAUGAUAUCAAAAAAGCAUUUGAAGAAUCAGUCCUGCAGUUGACAAAGAAGAAAGAAAUCCUCAUUGGUGAAGUCAAGGGUAGGACCGAAGAAGUAAAGAAAGAACUGAACGAAAUGAAGAAAGCAGCCGUGGAGCACAUCACUCACUUGACCACCAUAGCUAACGUGGUAACCAAUAGGACAAAGGUACCAUCAGAUAUGGAUGCUUUGGCUGCACACGACACUCUAUGUCAAGACUUACAUGAGGCCUUGACACAAGAAGAUCCUGACUACAAGCAGCCGAUGAAAUCGAGCAAAAAAGGAAAAAAUGUAUUUUUUCAGAGGAACGUUGGAAUGGAUGAUAUAUCUCUCGGUCAGAUCGUAAAUGCAGUUGCAAAGAACAUCGCUUUGCCUAAUGAGGGUAGGAUGUAUGCCAUGGUUAGUACACCAGACGGUAGGAUGGCAGUGGGAUGUAGUACAGGUGGCGUGGAGAUCUUCUCUGCUGAUGGCCAGCUCCAGCAGACAAUUCUCAAACAUGUGGAGAUUUAUGGAGUAGGGUUCCUCUCUGAUGAUCGGUGUGUUAUACUUGAUAGCUCUAGCAUUAUCACACUGUACACACCAGAGUACACACAAUUGAACGUAAUGUUUGAGUGUCCUAGUGACGAUGAAUGUGAGUGUGCUCACCUCACAGUAAACAGUGAUAAUCUGAUCUAUGUUAGCUACUGGAAUGCACAGAAGAUCCAUGUAUUCUCACCAGCAGGUGGGAAGGCGAUCAGGGAGAUACCAUGUGAUGGAUAUGAACCUCAGCAGAUUACUAGUUAUAACGAUCACCUGAUCACCGUAUCUGAUGAUACAAUACGAUUGAUUGACAAACAAGGGGUUGUAAAAUAUGAAUUAGAGAAAUUAGAUGAGGAUCUAUAUCCUGCGGCGUCUCAAGGGAAUACAAUCCUGAUAGCCACGUUGAAACACGAUGGAGGUUUGGUCAGCAUUGAUGAGUACACUAACGAGCUAAAGCAUGUCCAGAACCUAGUCAAUGAUUACCAGAUUGAAACAUCCGGCAUGGCAUAUUGGCACCAGCUCCAGCAGUACCGAUCAGGAGAGAUCGCUCUCUGCACUCCUUGUAGACUCUAUAUAUUCCACUGGAACAAAUGA